AUGGCACACGUCACUGAGCAUCCGUUCAGGACCAAGAGGAGAAAGCUGGACGAGGAUUCGAAUGUCCAGAAUGAUUCCCUCUUUACAUCGCCUGCUCAGUUGCGCGAAUUGCUGACUUUUCAACAAAAUGGCCCGGCGGCUAACAAAGCUAUCAUCCAUUUCAAGCAAUUCCUGCUUUCUAUCAGCAAAGCAGAAAAAGAGGCCGACAAGGCCCAGAGACUGCAUAUUUUGAAGGGCUACUGCGACAAGCAAAUCACUCCCGCGAAGGAAGAGGGUGGAGAUGCUGUCUGCUUUCCUGAUCUGAUCCAAACAUGGAGCUUUGGUGAAAGCAGUAAUCAAGACACUCUUUUGACCAGCGUUCCAUCUGUGCUGGCCAUUUUUCUGAGGACCAUAUCUCACGAGCUAGAAUUUCGUGACUUUGGCCUGGCGCUGUGCAAGCAUCUUCUCCAGAAGGAUCAGCUCCGGCUUUUCAACCGUGGCCUGACUGCCUUGAAAGCCAAGGAACACUUAAUUUCACCAUGCCUCCGUUUACUCACAGAGAUCGUCACCUUUGAUGGAGGCGCAGUCGCACGACAAGUCUACCAACGCCGCCAUAUCACGUUCAAGCGCCUGGAAGUGUUCCUGUUCCUUAGCAAAGCACAGCUUGAAGCUCGCGAAGAUGACUCGCAAAAGUCCACUCUCAGGAGGAAUGCCCAGAACUAUUUGCUCGCUAAUAUGAGGGUGCAGAGCACGCUGGAGAAAAGCGAUAUCCUUGAGCAGCCUAAACUUAUGAGAGCAUUUCUCGACAAUAUUCGGAAGGACCCUCGGGAUAUGGUGAUGGAAAUAAUCAAAGCCAUUGAAAGAGACAUCGUGCAGGAUAACUCCUUGCCUCGCAAGUCCAAGAGCAAGUUCUUCAACCGAGGGAACAUGGAGAGGCUAGUCACUCUCUACGGUUAUGACAAAGAAUCCGAUGAGCCAAAUUCGGAUAAUAUAGUGAUCGCGAACGAGAUCCAUCGUGUUUUGAUGAAUGUUUGCAAGACACCUGGCUUGGGCGUUCUUCUCCCGGAAUCGGGCUGGUAUCCAGCGGGAAGCGAUCCUGAAAACUUGCCCGCCGAGGAUGACAGUUGCAUUGAACUGGGUCUCGAUUCACCCAUUUACGUCGACAAGUUCCAAAAGUCCAUUCCUGUCCGGAAUAAUACCCUUUCACAUCUCGCCCAAUGUCUUCGUCCUGAUAUGGACAGUCUCCAGAUUGAGCUACUCGUGACAAUUUUCAGAGCGGCGCCGGAGUUGGUCGCCGACUUUUUUACUAAGAAAGUCAUGUUUGAGGCUGACCCUAAGGUCACACCUUCCUGGAUGGCAGAGUCCGCUCUUCUUUUCUCGGUCGUGCAAUUGCCUGUUCCGACGAAUUGUGGUUUCAGAGAUAAGGAGCCCCUGCUCCCUCCACCAGUUUCGGUGGCCAUUGAAAAUAUUCUUCCCCGCCCACUCACCUUGAAGACUACCACCCGUUGUCUCAACAUGAACACAGAAAUAGUAACUCUGUUCGCUGUGCGAAUUUUGACCCAGGCUUUCAAUAAACUACGGGCUGUCCUAAAGAUCCUCAGAGCCGAUCAUGGCCGGGCCCAACUCUUUUGGAACCAAGCCUCUUCGAAGCUGUUAGCCGAAUUUUCGCGGCGAUGUCCCUCGGUGAAAGACGUUGUACUCCUUUUCCGAAGAACACCUAAAGAGGAUCUGCAACAGCAAGAAGCUGUUGCUGAGAUUUUGACCUGCUAUUACGAAAUCAUGCCUGAUCUUGCGCUCGAGGAAAAUUUUGAUGUGUCGCUAGUUCUGGUAGAUGUCUUAAAGCGACUAGAGGAUGAAGAUCUUAGUGCUGAUGAUUCUGAGCUGCUUUUGAACCAGCUGCAGAGUGUUCUCCGGAUUGCACAGCAGUCAGCGUCACUUCGCUGGUGGCAGAAACCUGCUUCUAUGCAAUAUUCCCCAUUUACAUCUAUUUUAAGGGUGUUGAUCAACACUUCAGAUAGAGACUCUUCACGAAGAAUUUCUGUAUUGUUGAGAACUAUUCUCGGGGAGAACUCUAUUCUCCAAAAUCCUCCUAAGGCCUUUAACGCGCUUCUAUCCAGCAUGGAAGACUCGGGAAGUGACCUGCACAGUCAAUUGAUUUUCUUUGACAACUGUGUUUCCAGAGUUGCGAAGAAGCCUGUUCACUAUUUGGAUCUGGUAGGAUCUUUAGCUGACUCUCAAGAGGCCACCGCGACUGUCAGUCCUCUGGUGUCUGCUAUUGUUGAGCAAUGGCCUUUUGUUGUCAAGGCUGAGAACCAGGAAACACAAAUAGCCGUUUCUACAUGGAUUGCAAAGCUCUUAGGACAGCUGAGAGCAGUUGGUGAGGAUAAGAAAUCGCUCAAAGCAGCUCGAGAUUUAUUAGUCGAGGCCACUGAAACCAAGAAGGCACGGUCCGCUUUCAAAAAAUGCUUCAAGGAUGUCGAAGGUGAAGAGGCUGACGACAAAAUGGACAUCGAUUCUGAUGCUCAUCAGACCAAGAAAGCCGAAAACUCCACAUCUGUGGACCUGGACGAAAUCUUUGGUUUCAUGCCCUCGGAAGGCACUUCCCAUAAUGCCCUCCACAAGUGGGAGAGGGACGAAAUUGAAGAAGCAGUCGAGCAGGGCCGUAUCGCAGAAUUGAUGCUAUGUCUUUCGUCUGAGCAUGAGGAAGUCCGACGCCAAGCCUUCAGCAACAUUGUGCGCUUCAUGGCCAAGCUCAAGGACUCCUCUUAUAGCGACUGGCGUUCUGUGUAUAUUCUCACCGGAGAACUACUGGAGACGGUCAACAGCAUCGGCUUAGAAGAGCCCGUCCCAUGGAUAGUCACCGAAUGUGCCUCAAACUGCCUCUCCGUCCUCAUCAAUCCGCUGCACAAAGUGUACGGAAAAGUCAACAAAUUCCUCCAGAAAGCUCCAUCCUGGGAAUUGGAGAAAUUGCCAUCUUACUGGAUCGAUAAGAUCUUCCUUCAGGAGCCCGAACUGGAUGACGGCUACUUCGACGAGAUCGACUGGCUGUUGAAUCUCUUCGUAAAGAGCCUCCGCAGCAAAGCAGACAUGGAAAUCUUCCGACGCGCAAACGUGUUCGAGCGAAUCCUCGCGCUUUACCAAUCACCUAGCCUCAAUGACGCCGCCCGCCGCAAAAUCUUGCACAUCGUCUACCGUGCUGCUCAGGUGGGUGGUAGCACUACGCUCAUCACUCGUGCGGCAAUCAUCAGCUGGAUCCAGAUCCAAGCUGCCGAGUCUGAGGGCAAACAAACAGCACUGCUUCUUGCUCUUGCACGGACGCUCUAUGAGACCGCUGAUCAAGAGCGGGUGGAUGCGUGGAGCGGCGGAACUGUAGAGCGGGUUUUGGAAGAGCUUGCGCGGGCCUAG